ACAUAGAGCAAGUCCAUCACAAGACUAAGUAGCAUAGCAGUCCCAGAAUUUCAUAAGUUGUGAAUGGCUUUUCACAAAGUUCUAUGUUCUCUCAUUGUGGUGGCUUUUCUCUUUUCUUCCACACUCUCCCAAGCUUUCCCGGGAUCCGGCUGGGGCAAUGGCAGGUUUUUUGGGGAAGGGUAUUCGGGGCUUUUCCCGGAGUUCUAUGAGUUGUCAUGCCCUCAGGCUAAUGAAAUUGUCAUGUCUGUCUUGGAGGAGGCCAUUGCUAAAGAGCCUAGAAUGGCUGCCUCUUUGCUCAGGCUUCACUUCCAUGACUGCUUUGUCCAGGGCUGUGAUGCAUCGAUUUUGUUGGAUGAUACUACGAAAAUGGUGAGCGAAAAGCGGUCAGGACCAAACAACAAUUCCAUUAGAGGAUUCGAAGUGAUUGAUGAGAUCAAGGCCAAGCUCGAACAAGCGUGUCCUCAAACAGUCUCUUGUGCUGACAUUCUUGCCCUUUCUGCUCGAGGUUCCACCAUACUAAGUGGUGGUCCGAGUUGGGAACUACCACUAGGAAGGAGGGAUUCUAGAACCGCCAGUCUGAGUGGCUCAAACAGUAACAUUCCUGCACCGAACUCCACAAUCCAAAACCUCGUAACACUCUUCAAGCUCCAAGGCCUCAAUGAAGAAGACCUCGUUGCACUAUCCGGAGGUCAUACCAUAGGGGUGGCAAGAUGUGUGACAUUCAAACAAAGACUAUACAAUCAAAAUGGAAAUAACCAACCCGAUGCAACUUUGGAGAAAACUUAUUACAAUGGUUUAAAAACAUCUUGUCCUAAAGCCGGUGGCGAUAGCAACCUCUCUCCUCUUGAUUUUACCUCUCCUGCCAAAUUCGACAACAUGUACUUUAAGCUCCUACUGUGGGGGAAAGGGCUUCUGACUUCUGAUGAAGUGCUUCUGACUGGAAAAGUCAGUAAGACUGUGGAAUUGGUGAAGGCGUAUGCGAUGGAUGAGGGUCUCUUUUUUCGCCAGUUUGCUAGAUCUAUGGUUAAAUUGGGGAAUAUUAGCCCUCUAACCGCUUCUAAAGGCGAAAUUAGGAAGAAUUGUCGCAGAAUUAACUGAUGAAACUAAUCAUCUGUCUUGUUAAUAUGCAAGAUGAUAUGGCUAUUAUGAGAUUGUCUGUGUGUUCUUAGAAGUUAGCUUUUGUAAGCAUGUUACUUGUGCUGUGAAUGAAUUAGAAAUCUGGAAGUGCUUUGUGUUAGUAA